AUGUUGAAAGGUGUCCAGAGCCACCAAAAAAAAAAAAGUAGAAGAUCCAGAUGUCACCCACCUUCCAACUGCCUGAAACACUGCAGCUCAGGAGACAGCUCAAAUAUCCUCAGAAGAGCGCCCUGGGAGAAACAACUUGAACACUAUGCCAUCAUCAAGAUCCCCCUCACCACCAAGUCAGCCAUGAAAAAAGCAGAAGACAAAAACACACCGGUGUUCAUUGUGGAUAUCACCACCAAGCACCAGAUUAAACAGGCUGUGAAGAAGCUCUAUGACACUGACGUGUCUAAGGUAAACACUGUGAUCAGGCCUGAUGGAGAGAAGAAGGCCUAUGUUUGA